CUGUCUGUCAGUUUGGAUCCUGCUGGAGAGUGUUGGAUGGUCCCAGGUCUCAGAAAAUACUCCUGUGAGUUCUCUCUGGACCCAAACACAAUUCACAGAAAACUCAAAUGGUCUGAGGACAAACAGGGAGUCACCUGGGAAUGGGAGGAGCAGCUGUAUCCAGAUCAUGAGGACAGAUUCACAAGCCAGACUCAGGUCCUGAGCUCCACUGGCCUGAGGGGGCGCUGUUACUGGGAGGUGGAGUGGAUCGUGGGGGUUGAUAUCGCAGUGAGUUACAGAAGAAUCAGACGGAGAGGAACAGGAAGGGAGGGUAAAUUUGGAGAAAAUGAUCAGUCCUGGAGUCUACAGAUUUAUUAUGGACAAUACAGCGUCCACCACAACAACAUAGAAAAAGACAUCUACAUACCAGGAAGACGUCCAUCAGUAGAUGAUGUGUCCUCUGGCAGAGUGGGUGUGUUCCUGGACACUGAGGCUGGAUCUUUGUCCUUCUAUGAUGUCCUCUAUGAUGGAAAACUGAUCCAUCUCUACACCUUCACCUCCUCCUUCACUGAGCCUCUGUUCCCUGGGUUUGGCCUGUGGGACGAUUACAGUUCAGUGUCUGUGGUGAAAGUGAAAACACAGUGACAUAAAAGAAGGACUCUGUGUAACUUUAUGACUUUGUGAAGUGUGUGUGGUGGGGAUGGGGCUGAGCAGUGCAGAGUUUUGUAAAUGUCGACAACUGUUUGAGAUUUCAAGUUUAUCAUGUAAUUCAUCACAUUUUUCUUGUGUUUUUGGACACUUGACUAUGGGAAAAUAAAAAACAAAAAUAAAUAAAAAAAAAUAUAUUGCAUU